AAGUCAUUGAACAAAAAAUGGAGAGAUUAUAAAGGUGACUUGAAGCAAGAAAAUUAUGAUCUAUCAAAGACAAAGGAUGAAAUCAUAGAAAAUGCACCUGAGGGUGUUAUGGAAGAUCAAUGGGCAACCCUUGUAAAUUCAUGGUUCACUGAGAAGAGUCAGAAGUUAAGUGAGAUUAACAAAGCAAAUGCAAAGAAGAAGAAAAAUGCACAUACUUGUGGAAGAAAAAGCUUUGCAAGGAAAAAAUUUGAAAUGAUUGAUGAAAAUGGACAAGUGCCUGAUAGAUUGACUCUUUAUGAAGAAACUCACAAGAGAAAGGAUGGAACUUAUAUUGAUGAUGAAGUUAGACAACUGAUUGAAAAAGCCCGUGCUCUAAUAAGUGAAAGAAGUCAAGAUGCUUCAAUUGAUUCAUCUGAAUUGAAUGAACAAGUUUUUCAAGAAGUUAUGGGAGAAGAACACAAUGGUAGGGUGAGAGGUGUUGGACUUGGUCCUACUCCAACUAGUUAUUAUGGUAGAAAGAGAGCAAGAAAUGAAUCUUCGGAUUUUGUCCAAUCCAAAAAAAUUGAAUUUCUUGAGAAGCAAUUGGAAGAAGUGACUAAAAAUUAUGACACAGUAACAACAACUUUAAAUGGUUUGAAAGCAUGGAUUUCCAAGACAUUUCCUGGUGCUCUAGAGGAAAUUAAUGAGGAAGCAAUUAAUCAAGAUCAUUGUUCUCCAAACAAUAUUUCAUCACACUCAGGUCAUAACCCAGGAGAUGAUAUCUAG